AUGAACUCCUCCUUCCUCGUGGAGAAGCGUAAUCAACGCGCCACAACGUUCAUUGGCAGUGACGCAGGCACAUUUUGCUCCGAUGAACCCUUUGGGCGGGCAACACUGCUGGAAGCACCAUCGCUGUUGAUGGGAGAGACAUUAGAGGAUUGGAUGUACUGGCAGCGCGACGCGAGUAACGCACACUGUUGGACCAAGGUGUAUGGCGUACUCGACAAUGAGUUCUUAUGGCUAUUUAAGGGAAACCACUCAAGCCGAACAAUGUUCCUUCAAAUUGCCGUCUCAAGCGUCGAAGUGUCAGGACAACGCCAAUUGAGGCUUGUGGAUCCGAACGGUGAAGAUAUGGAAAUAUGGUUGCUGGACGAGAUCAGUUUUAUCACGUGGCGCCAGCGGUUCGAGGAAGCCGCCGCGCUCACUACGCAGUUCUUCCGCAUGACGGAACUAGAAGCGCAUAGGCUCCCUCGAAGCAGUGCUUAUCGUGGAAGCCUUGUCAAGUAUCGCCGCGCCAGCAAGCAAACGCGCUACAAGGCUGCGAUUGAGUGGGUAGCAACACGCUGGAGGGAGAGAUUUCUUCAGCCCACGCGAUGA